UUUUUUUUUACCAACAUGUGGAACCUAUUUUCGAAGAAGAAUUUCACCCUCUACGUGAAAACGGGUGACCGUCUGGGCAUGGGCACCGACGAUACAAUCUCGGUCGUCUUUCAAGAUGAGAACGGGCUCAGGUCCGGCAAGUGCCAGCUCGACAACCUCCUGAGCAACGACUUCGAGUCCGGCCGGCUAGAUAGCUUCCAGAUUGCGAUUGGGGAUGGGAAUUUUGGGGACCCUGUCUAUCUGGAGAUCCAUCGGGACAAGUUUGGUUUCCACGAUGACGAGUGGUACUGUGAAUUCGUCAGGGUGCUGAGCGAGAAGACCAAUCAGGUCCACAUGUUCCCAAUUCAUAGAUGGGUUCGAGCUGGAUGUCCGAUUAAGGUGAAGGAGGACGACGCGGUGCUCCCUCAGGACGACGAAAACGUGAUCCAACGACAGGAAGAGCUCCAAAGGAAGCGAGACAUUUAUGUUCCCGCUUUCAAAGAGGCAACGGGAAUGAUCAUGGUGGCCAGUCUUCCUAAGGACGAAAUGUUCUCCUUCAGUGACAAGCUUGAUCUCAUCGCGUUGAAGAUGAGACUUAAGCUUGAGCACAAACUGAUAGGAUUCACAUCUGAGAGAUGGGAGUCCUUAGAAGAUCUGGAGAACGUUUACAAACCCCCGCACUUCCCGAAACCAAAAGCGAUGGAAAACUGGAAGUCAGAUAAGGAGUUCGGUAACCAGAGACUAUCGGGAUGCAACCCGGCUAUGAUCCGACUUUGCACCAAGAUACCCCCCAAUUUCGCCGUGGACGAGAAGGACGUUGAACCUCUUCUCGAAGGCCUAACUGUGUCGGAAGCCAUCGAGAAGAAGCGUCUUUUCAUCAUUGAUCUCAAACUCCUCAAAGACUUGCCUUGUACAGAUGGGCGAAAGAUCACUGCACCAAUUGCGCUUUUCUUCGUCAACAAAGACAAAUAUUUGAUGCCGGUCGCUAUUCAGUUGAAUCAAGACCCAGCUCCAAACAAUCCGGUGUUCUACCCGACUGAUCCCGAGUACACGUGGCUCUUGGCCAAGUGUUACUUCAACUUGGGCGAUGCUGCCGUCCAUGAGUCGGCUUCCCAUCUUGGAUUAACGCAUCUCAUUGGUGAAAUCAUCGUCAUAGCAACGCAUCGUUCCCUGUCUCCAUCUCAUCCCAUCUUCCGUCUUCUUGCUCCUCACUUCUUGUACCUCCUCGCCAUCAACUACAGAGGUAUGACGCCUUUGCUUACAGCGGGCGAAUUCGUCGACUUAAACAUGACCAUCGGAGCCAUUGGUAUGGCAGAUAUCAUCAAACGCACCUUCUCCACAUGGCGAUUGGACAUAGAGGGCUCCCUUCCGACUGACCUUCUUGUAAGGGGCGUCUCUGACCCUGAGGUGCUACCGAACUACCAUUAUCGUGAUGACGCCUUGCUCCUACGCGAAGCAAUAUACGACUACGUCAAGGAAGUUGUGGACCACCAUUACGAUCUUCCCGGGAAGGUAGCUGCCGACCAUGAAUUGCAGGAAUGGAUCCGGUUCAUGGGGACCAAGCCCAAAUUUGAGGGAGAGGUCAUAGGUCACAUUAAGGGACUUCCUAAUGAUGGCCAUUUUAAAACCGCAGAGGAGAUCACCACCGUUGUGACGGAUUGUAUCUUUAUCUUCAGCGCGGGGCAUGCUGCAACGAACUUCGGUCAGUAUGAUAACUAUGGUUUCCCCCCGGCCUACCCCAGCUGGAUGAAUGGAUCACCACCCCAGGAUAAGACUCCUCUCACGGAGGCCGACAUCAUUGAGCAGCUACCCAACAAGGAUCAGACCUUGGACAACAUGGUCUUCGUGAAGGUCCUCAGCACCCGAGGCAGCAAGCCUCUGGGAGAAUUUGAGGUGCAGUACAUGCAUGGUGCUACCUAUCAAAAGGCCUUGAAGAAAUUCCGAGCUGAACUCAAACGCAUUGGAGAAAUAAUCGACAAACGGAAUGAGACAAGAGAAGAGAAGUAUAUUUGGCUUCAUCCACGCGAAGUGCCUAACUCUAUCACAAUCUAGGUCCUAAACGUCAAAAGAGAAAAUGCAUCGAAUGGCAAUUGACUUUGACUAAAAUAGAAUAAAGUUCAUUAUGGAUGACCAUGUUGUUAGUCAACAGGAGGGUUCUAGCUCCUUCUUUCAUUCUCGUAAAUUCGACCAAUUCACAUCGUGACCGCUCCACAAAGUCAACCAGGGCCCCGUCUUAUCAAUCGCAAGUCCUCCAAUAAAUCACAAGUUUACAUUCUCCUAUCUCUUAUGUACAUAGUUGCGAUUGAUAUCAAUUGCAAAUAAGUUGUAAUUAAUCGCAACUGUUAAUGAUACAAGUCCCAGUUUACCCCCUACAUACUUGAGCAUAAGACCCCCUUCCGGGGCGGAUCAAGGAUUUUCCAAAGGGGGGAGGGGGCGUGAAACGUACGAAAUUGCGAGCACGAAGCGCAAGGCUUUUGAGGAGUUGGGUGACCGGGAAAAUUUGAACCUUAAAGUGGAAAUUCAAAGCAAAUCACAAAUAUGUCAACUGAUGUAUCACUAGAACCUGGUAAGCUAACAGAUGGCCAUCG